CCUUUACGGAUCUUGGAAGUCGGUCGGCAUGCACUUAUAGCCGUAGCGUUGCGAGCAUAUUGGGUGGUUGGGGUCGACAAGUAUGACGUCGUGUGCGAAUAUGCCGUUGAAUUGCUGGCGUCGGCGCUAGAGCGCGUCGAACGCGACUCUUUCUAGCCAGUGUCGACGGCAUAUGUCUUUCUCGCUCAUUCACUCCUCCUCGCAUAUGGCGCUGGAUUCCAGAGCGAUUGCCCGGUCCCGUCGCGCAACGCUCGCUAUGAAUGUCGGCCUCGAAGUUGGACGGCUCCGCCAUGACCUCAUGCGUACCUCGUAGCUGUCAGCCGUCCCCGCAUACGUCAGAGUGACCGUGCGCAUCCAACAACCCUAAAGACGAGGUGACGCCGCCGACGAUGCCUCAAAUAUACCUCCCUUUCGCGACCUCUGACGACCGCCGCCGUCGUUGACACGAUGACUACGACAAACCAUGUCGCUGGCGAGGGCUACUCUGGCCGCAACCCAGUACCAACCAUCGAGAAAUUCAAGGCGGAGCAAGAGCGCGUAGGCGUCCUUGGCGAAUCAAACUCUCAGGUCAAUGGAGCUGCGCAGAACGGAGACGCGGGUGUCGAUGCGGACCAGAACAAGUCGCUGCCGCCGACCCCGGCGGCCCAGCCUGAACCAAAGUCGAAGCAGGACGAGAAGAAGGAAAUGAUGGAGCGUCUGCAGCCCCCGAAGGGCGCCAAGGCGACGGACGCGGGGAAGCAAAAGGGCGAGCGCUGGGUGCGCGACCCCGUCACGGGCCAGGAUGUCCUCGUCAAGGAUCCUCAGUUCAAAGGCCAGUACUUCCGCGAAAAGGGUCUUGACAACGACGCGCUCGAUUCCUCCCACAACAAGCUGGGCACGGCGCUUCGCCGCGCGCCUCAUCCCUCUGAAAAAGGACAGGAUGGACGGUACCCGGCCCCCACGGCCGCAGACGUCGGCAACAUAUGCGUGCAAGCUUUCCCACCACCGCUCGAGCCCGUCGACAUCUCCAAGCCGAAGCAGAUCCUGCGCACGGGCGCGCUAGUCGUCACCGCCCUGUGUGCCGUCACAUGGUGGUUCGUCGCGACCGGCAAGAACCUAUCUUGGUUCGCGUUCUUCUGGCGAAGCUCGCUGCUGGGCACGAUCGUCGGUGCGACCUGGGUCGGCUCCGAGAAUGCGGGGAGGAAGAUUGAGAAGGAGCUGGAGAGGGUGCGGAUGGACCUGCACAAACGGCGGGCGGAGGAGUAUAGUCCUCCGACCCCGGAGAGCGUGGAGUGGCUCAAUGCGCUGUUGAAACUCGUCUGGGGCCUAGUCAACCCCGAUAUGUUCGUGCCGAUCGUCGACAUGAUUGAGGACGUUCUGCAAGCCUCGCUUCCUGGGAUCGUAAGCGCUGUUCGUAUUGCAGACCUGGGUCAAGGAACGAACCCUUUACGAAUUGUGUCUAUGCGUGCGCUUGCCGAUCAACCUGGUCAUCCGGACUACCCUCGUGAAGAGUGGGUCGGGCUCGAUAAGGACACGCAGAGCAAAAUCCAGGCUGAGGAGAAGGAUAAGGGCAAGGCUGAGGAAGUGGACGAGGAUCAGACUGGCGACUACUUGAACUACGAGAUCUCGCUGUCCUAUCAAGCCCUCCCCGGGCAGUCGCGUAAGCUCCGCUUCCACAACGUGCACCUCAUGCUCGAGUUCUUCCUCGGCGUCUACGACUGGCUCAAGAUCCCGAUCCCUAUCUACGCCGUCGUCGAAGGCUUCGUGGCUACGGCCCGGCUCCGUAUCCAGUUCAUCCAGAACCCGCCGUUCGUGCGCAACUUGACCGUGACGUUGAUGGGCGUACCGAAGGUCGAGGUGUCGGUGGAGCCAUUCACGAAAGCGCUGCCUAAUGUGCUCGACUUGCCUUUGGUGAAACAGUUUGUGGAGAUGGGUAUCGCUGCCGCUGCUGCCCAAUUCGUGGCACCUAAGAGCCUCACGCUCAACUUGGCGCAGAUGCUUGCCGGUGAUGGCGUCAAGAAAGACACCGCGGCGCUCGGCGUCCUCGUUAUUACCAUCCACCACGCCGUCGGCUUGUCCGCACAAGAUCGCGGCGGCGGUUCGGACCCGUACAUCGUGCUUGCGUACGCGAAGUUCGGAAAGCCGCUCUAUUCCACGCGCAUCAUCCUCGGCGAUCUCAACCCUGUGUGGGAGGAGACAGCAUUCUUGCUCAUGACGGACGACGAGGUGAAGGCGGAGGAGGAGUUGAGCGCGACGCUAUGGGACUCGGACAAGCGGAGCGCGGACGACCUCGUCGGGCGGGUGACCGUGCCGCUCACGGAGCUGCUGAAGAAGCCUAACACGAUGACAGCGAGGCAGGAUAAGCUGCAGGGCUUCGAGGACGCGAACUCCAUGCCCGGCACGCUGUACUGGGAGGUCGGCUACUACGAGAAGAUGCCGUUGAACAGGGCGUUGAUGAAGGAGGAUAGCCCGAACGUACCCAAGGAGCUGAAGGACACCGUUGGGGAGAAGGUCGCGGAGAAACCCACGGUCGCGGAUAGUCAGGAUGAGGCAGACGCGCUCAAGACACCACCGGAUCCGGAAGUUCCCAGUGGUAUCUUGUCUAUCAUCAUUCACCAGAUCAACAACUUGGAGCGCCAAGAUAUCAAGGGCAACACUGGCAGCCGUGAGGGUCAGGCCGGUCAGGACACGACGGAAGCUGCAGAGGAAGGAGAGCACUUGCCGAACGGCUACUGCGAGAUCAUCGUGAACGACGAUAUGAUCUAUAAGACUCGUGUGAAGCAGUACACGAGCAUGCCUUACUUCGAGGCCGGCACGGAGAGGUUCAUCAGGGAUUGGAGGGAGACUAUCGUCCGGGUACAGGUGCGAGAUGCUAGGGUGCGCGAGAAGGAUCCUGUUCUGGGUAUCGUCACCGUCAAGCUGUCCGAGCUUUUCAAGAAUAGCUCGGAGGUAACGAGGCUAUUCUCGCUUCAAGAGGGUGUCGGAUAUGGUCGGGCGAACAUAUCGUUCCUUUUCCGUCAGGUCAAGACCACCUUACCCCGAACUCUGCUCGGUUGGGAUACCGGCACCGUUGAGGUCGUCGGUGGUAUCUCCAUCGAAGCCGCGCCUGAGUUUCAGGAGGGGUUCCGCACCAAGAAACUCACGAUCUCGACGACCGACGACGAGUACAAGGUGCCGACGAGCGCCGCGACGGUGGCGGAAGGGAAUGUUUCCUGGGAUCCGCCCGUCGACAAGAUUCGCCUGCCGGUGUACAACCGGUACGCCUCCGCGGUGGUGUUCGAGAUCGGAUCGGGAGGGAUCGGGCCACUCGGCGCAGACUCAGACUUUGUGGCUUUGUGCUGGUUGAAGGACGUGCCCGACGACGAGGAGACGGAGAUCAGGGUGCCGGUGCUGAGGAGCAAGAAGCUCGCACAGCUGAGGCAGAAUUACAUCAACGACCAGACCGCGCACACACACCAUUAUGACAUUGUCGGUUGGCUGAAAUGCACCGUUGUUCUGGAUUCCGGAUUGGAUCCCGAUCACGAGGAACACCAAGAAACUCGGGAUGAGAAGCACCGCUAUGAAGCGUAUGACCGUGUGGAAGGUUCCGCGGUCAUUGCCGCUAAGAACGCCCAUGCGAACGAUGAUGGUGUUAUCGAUCCCAAGGAGGCGAAGGCGUUGAAGCAAGAGAAGACCCACCAGCUCAACAUGAGGCAUCGGGGCGUCAUGCAAUAUGCGCCGGUCAGGACGGCGAAGUGGUCCAAGGAGGGCUUGGUCCGUCGCGCGAAGACGAUCAAAGACAAGAUCUCCGGAAACAAGAGUCGUGAGCCUACGGUGGAAACUGAGGCAUAAGAUAUUGUGAGGAUGGAAGCUUACUCCGAGUCGUAUGCUGUGUAUACUUAAGCGGACUGCAUAAUAC